GAUGGAUGGAGUGUAAGAGUGAGGCAGAGUUAGAGCGCUGCGCUGCAGGAGCGCUGAGGAGAACAGCAGAGGAGGAGCGCGGAGUGGAGGAGACUCAGAGAGGACACUAACACACACACACACUUAGACACACACACACGCAGGAGUGGAGCUGGACGACUGAGGACACUCACUGGACUACUUUACUGGAGCUAUUCAACUCGGUCUUUUUUCUUUUGUCAAGUGGGAACAACAAAGGGAUUUUGAAAAGCUGAACUCGAGCUGACGGACCAUGGGGACUGUGAAGACACAUCUCCUUCUGGGGGUUGUCUUAGUAGGCAUAUUGGCAGAUGCGUGGAGGGUCGUGGGUGGUCUUCCUCCACCGACCAUCGUUUCUGAUCAAACUCAGUUCUUGUUAGAGCUGCACUCGGUCUUCAAUAUUAGCUGUACGGGGAAGCAGAGCGUGUUUUGGGAAGAGCCGUUACCGAAGAACACGCACGUGCUGCCGGGAUACUACACGGCAACGCUGCUGAUAGAGGACGCCGCGGCUUUCCACACCGGACCUUACCUAUGUGUCUAUGAGGAAGAGGAGAGCGACCCCGCCAGCAUCUACAUCUUUGUACCAGAUCCUGAGGUUCCAUUCGUGCCAGAGGAGCCUUACACUCAUCAUGCUGAAGCCUGGCAGUCCCUCAUUCCGUGUCGUGUUACGGACCCAGAGUCCAGCGUGCUUCUCCGGACCCAGCCGAGUGGACACGAGAUCCAGGCCUUUUAUGAGCCCAGUCAUGGUUUCAAUGGCCUCUUUUCUCCUGGACUGUAUGUGUGUGAGACUGUUGUGAAUGGCGAGACAGUCCAGAGUGCAGUGUACUCGGUGGCAGAUGAGUCUGGUAUGAAGUUCAGUGUGGAACUGAGAGUCAGUCAGCAGGAAGUAAAAGAAGGAGGCGCUUUCAACCUCACCUGCGAGACCCCACCUGGGGCUAAGUUUGUCCAGCAGUGGCUGCACACCAGCAAACAGGCUGUAGGUGCUGUCCAGAUGAAGCAGACGUUUCCAGACAAGGUUUUGUACAUCCUCAGUAUCCCGCAUGCCUCGGUAGCUGACUCUGGCUACUACGAGUGCUCUGUCACUGAGCAGUUCGGUGGCCAGACCAAGUCCUCCAGUGUGACCGUCACUGUCCAUGCGACUUCUUUCGUGGUUCUGGAUCACAGUGGGAUUGGAGCAGUGGAAAGUGCCGCUCUCUUGGAGGAGACAGAGUUCACCAUCUAUAUUAUAUCUGACACUACGCCAAAGGUUACGUGGUUCAAAGAUGAUCUUGUGGUUGACGGCAUCUUUGUGACCACUAAGACCACUCUUUUAGAAGACAAAAGGUACGAGAGUGUUUUGGUCUUGCGGCAUCCUCAAGAAGAUGACAGCGGCACAUACAAAAUCGUAGCAUCAGCUGGAUCACAGAGCGCCGAGUUCUCCUUCAAGAUUAAUGUCAAAGCUGCUGAACCACAGUUGCUGCAGUCCAUACUGGCUCCAGUUAUCUGGCCCAGGAAGGAAGUUCUGGUGGUGUCCCUUCACUCCACGUUCAAACUGACGUGUCGCGGUCUGGCAGAGCUGGCCUGGAGCUGCCCCGUCUUCAACAACGAACCAACGCUUGAAGAUAAGAGGGCUGUCUUUGUCUCCACGGUGACCAUAAACAAUGCUACAGCAAUACAUACGGGGGAUUACACCUGCUACUACCAGGACGGAAAUUAUACUGAAGAGGCCAACAUCUAUGUUUAUGUGCCAGACCCAAAAGUGCCAUUUGUGCCCUCUCUGGUGCCGUUCAUUAACCAUAUGCUGACGAGUCAUGAGGAGACCGAGGUCCCGUGCCGCGUGUCUGACCCCAGUGCUAAUGUGACUCUGAUCCAUUUGGAGACCCAGCAGCCUGUACCUGCUGCCUAUGACAGCAAGAGGGGCUUUCUGGGCUUCUUCACUGCUGGAACAUACGUGUGCCGAGCCCUGGUGAACGGUGAGGAGCACGAGAGUGAGGAGUACAUCGUCCAUGGCUGGGCAGGCCCAGAGUUGCAAAUUGAGCUGAAGGCUGAGAAAAAGGCUCUCUUGGUCGGAGAGACCCUCACAGUGAACUGCGUGGCAAAAGGCAGCGAGAUGCUGGAAGACCGCUGGAAAUAUCCUGGCAGUCAUGCUGGUCGUGGAGUGAAGACAGUAAAGGAGAAUAAGAGGGAUCAGGAGAUUCAGUAUACUCUGACUGUGUCUAGAGCCACAGCUAAAGACAGUGGAAUCUACUCCUGCACUAUAACUGACAUUAUCAGCAAUGAGAGCCAGACUAAAGAGCUCACCAUUACUGUCUACGAGAGGGAGUUUGUGUCUGUGUCUCCUGCGUUUGACUCCAUGGAGACGGCCAAGCUGGACGACGUUCGUGAGUUCAGGGUGGACAUCGAUGCUCUCCCCACCCCCAAGGUCACGUGGCUGAAGGACGGAGUCGUCCUGGGCGACGUUUCUGCCGAGAUUGCCACCUCCCUCCGUACGAUCAGUGAAACCAGGUACCAGAGCACUCUCACUCUGAUUAGAGCUAAGGCCGAAGACAGCGGCAACUACACAGUGAGAGCUGAGAUAGGCAACCAGAGUGCCAGCCAUUCCUUCAGCCUGCAGGUUAAAGUUCCUGCAGUGAUCGUGGACCUUAUGGACCUCCACCAUGGCUCAGCAGCAGGCCAGGCUGCAGUGUGUGUCGCUGGAGGGUCUCCUGUCCCUGAUGUGGAGUGGUACAUCUGUAAAAACAUCAAACACUGUGCUAAUGACUCAACUCAGUGGUCACCACUUCAGACCAACACCACAGGGAUCAAAGUGGAUACACACAUCAACCAGGACAACCAGCUGGAGAGUGAGGUGAUCUUCGGCCAUCUGGAGAACACGCUGGCCAUCCGUUGCCUGGCCCGCAAUGACAUGGCUGCUGUCUCCCGGGAGGUCAAACUAGUGUCCAGCGGUCCGCACUCGGAGCUCACUGUGGCGGCUGCCGUUCUGGUGCUGUUGGUCAUUGUCAUCAUCUCACUCAUUGUGCUGGUCAUUAUCUGGAAACAGAAGCCACGCUAUGAAAUCAGAUGGCGGGUCAUAGAGUCAGUGAGUCCAGAUGGACACGAGUACAUCUAUGUGGACCCCAUGCAGCUGCCCUACGACUCGCGCUGGGAGUUCCCACGUGACGGCCUCGUUCUGGGCCGUAUCCUGGGUUCGGGCGCCUUUGGUAAGGUGGUGGAGGGCACCGCAUAUGGACUAAGUCGCUCUCAACCGGUCAUGAAGGUGGCGGUGAAGAUGCUCAAACCGACAGCACGCUCCAGUGAGAAGCAAGCGCUGAUGUCAGAGCUGAAGAUCAUGACCCACCUGGGCCCUCACCUCAACAUCGUCAAUCUGCUGGGAGCAUGCACCAAAUCAGGUCCUAUCUACAUAAUCACUGAGUACUGUUUCUAUGGAGACCUAGUGAACUAUCUGCAUAAGAACAGAGAUGGCUUUUUGAGCCGGCACCCAGAAAAGGCCAAGAAAGACCUGGACAUCUUUGGCAUAAACCCAGCUGAUGAGAGCAGUCGGAGUUACGUGAUCCUGUCCUUCGAGGAGAAAGGAGACUACAUGGAUAUGAAGCAGGCAGACACUAUGCAGUAUGUCCCCAUGCUGGAGAGGAGCGAAGCCUCCAAAUACUCUCACCUGCAGAGAGAUGAUUACGAUCACCCCCCCUCACACACACACACCAACGAGAGUGAGGUGGAGAAACUUCUGUCCGAUGACACAGAGGGGCUGACCACGAUGGAUCUUCUUAGCUUCACCUAUCAAGUGGCCAGAGGGAUGGAGUUUCUAGCCUCCAAAAAUUGCGUGCACAGAGAUCUGGCAGCACGUAAUGUCCUGCUGUCCCAGGGUAAGAUUGUGAAGAUCUGUGACUUCGGACUGGCCAGAGACAUCAUGCACGACAACAACUAUGUGUCCAAAGGAAGCACUUUCCUGCCAGUGAAAUGGAUGGCCCCUGAGAGCAUCUUCGAUAACCUGUACACCUCUUUGAGUGACGUGUGGUCGUAUGGAAUCUUACUGUGGGAGAUCUUCUCUCUGGGAGGUACUCCUUAUCCUGGCAUGGUUGUGGACUCCAGCUUCUAUAACAAGAUCAAGAGUGGCUACAGGAUGGCUAAACCAGAGCACGCCUCCAACGAUGUAUAUGAGCUGAUGGUGAAGUGCUGGAACAAUGAGCCAGAGAAGAGACCCUCCUUCCACAGCCUGAGUGAGAGUGUGACCACCCUGCUGCCUUCUGGAUACAAGAGGAGCUACGAGCGCGUGAACAACAACUUCCUGAAGAGCGACCACCCAGCAGUGACGCGCAUGCAGUGUGUACAUGUGAGUGAUGAUGCUUACCUGGGCGUGGCCUAUAAGAACCAAGGCAAGCUGAGGGAGCGUGAAAGCGGCUUUGAUGAGCAGAGGCUGAGCUCGGACAGCGGCUACAUCAUCCCCCUGCCUGACCUCGACCCACUUUCCGACGAGGAGUACAUCAAACGGAACCGUCACAGCUCCCAGACGUCUGAGGAGAGCGCUAUAGAGACGGGUUCGAGCAGCUCCACAUUGCCAAAGCGGGAGGGAGAGACUCUGGAGGACGUCACGCUGCUGGAUGAGAUGUGCCUGGACUCAGGAGACCUGGUGGAGGACAGUUUCCUGUGAGAGAGAGAGCAUGGGACAUAGAGACAGAGAGUAAGGGAGCGAGAGAGAGAGAGAGAGAGAGAGACCAAACGGAGCAGAAGGAAAAAUCCAAGCAUCGUCUCUAAAUGCGCUCUCUCUUCAUCCCAGACUUUCUCUGAACUCUUCCUCUCCCUGCUCCGUUCACCUGCUUAUAGAAACUCCCAGAGAAAAACCACUUCACUGCCUGGACGUCCUGUGAAGUUCUUGUUGGUCAGCUUGUGUUACAGACAGCGCCCUCUACUGGGUUGGAGGACGGGCUGGUAAAGGACUGCCAACACUCAAACUACAGACUCAUUUAUGAGGUUUUCUGACAGACAUCACUACAUUUGGCCUUGACUCUAGGCAUCUGAGACUGAUGAGGAAACAGAAUGGAGGAGUUUUCGGUUUUCUUGUCUCCUUUCAAAAGUAUAUCGAUGUUUUUGUGUUUAUAGGACUUUAUCUUGAUGGGCAUUCUGAAUAGCGAAAUAAGCAGGAACGAACCAAACAUCUGAGCGUAUCAAAGACACUUUUGAAACUCCACAACCGCCUACCUUCCAAAUAAAUCCAUCUGCGCUUCCAAGAACCACUACAAAACAUCUAACCAAAAAAAUUGUGCAAGAUUGAGCAACUGUGUCACAGUUCACGUCUACUCUUUGAAAAAAAUUCCAUUGUUUUGCUCUUGCAAGCGAGCAGCUCGUCCAUUGAAAAGCACAACAUACAUGGAUACAUACAUAGUUCCUGUAUCUGAUCAUAUAUUGUCGAUGACUCAAUAAGUGCAGCAAUUUGAAUUUUAUUUUUUUACUUUUUAGUGAGUAUAAAUAUGUAUUAUUUGUGAAUAUUUGGGGGGUUGGGAAAAGUUUUAUGGUCCUAAAUGAAGAAAACAGCAAUAAUGCUUUGACUUAUAGGUCGCAUGCACCUUUGUGACUUAACUAAAAGAGCAUGAUACCAUCCCAGUGCUGACACGUCGCUAAACAAAGUUUUGACGAAAUUGGAAAAAUGAUAUGAAGUUCAAAACAUUCUGUUCUUCUAAGAAAGGUGUCAGUCAGAGGCAUUUUAAGACUCCAAAAUUUAUGCCAGUGUUUUAGUACACACAGGAACGUUUUAGCCUGUGACACUCUAGCGAGGACAAAUCUACUUGUAGCUUGAUACGAAGCAUGAAAGUUACCUUUUACGAUCAUUUGUUGACAAUAAGCUGGAAUGUUUUGAUGCUGUAUGUAACAUAAUGUAAAAUAGGCCAAUUCAUCUAUAUACUUUCAGAAUUCUGAACCAAACAAAAUAUUACAUCGACUGGUUUAGCUGUUGUAUGCAAAUGUGUUCUUCCAAAACUUUGAACCUGUACCACACUAACAGUAGUAAUACUGUUGCUUAGAGAUGCACUGCAGGUUUGUGGUAUUCAGGUAACAUUACCUGUAUGCAAAAGAUCAGCUGCUGUUUAGUCCCUGAUGAUGUUUAUCAAACUGUGACAGAACUAUGCCGGUUACUUUUUUGUCACUGUCAUGAGUGAGAAAAACACCUCAUAACGCAAUUCAGGUUUUAUUUUUUCACCAUUUAGAAUUGCUAGCUGCCCUUUACAUUGGAUGAACAUUAAAUCACAAAUAGGCCACUAGAGACUGUGAAAAGCAACCCAUUCAAGUCUUUAUAAGUUAUUUUAACAGAUGUUAGAAAGUUUUGAAGAUAGAUGUUUUUCCUUCGACAGCAACGUAAUUCUGUUUCAGUUUGAGCUUCUGAGUCCAGGUUCUUGUUCUUGUGAAGAAGGCAAAGAACAACUCCCACCUAAUACAGUCCUUAAGGAACAACAGCCAGUCCAUGUUUUGGCUCUGUUCUAAUUCCUAUGCAUGUCUGAUUCAAGUAAUUAAAGGCUGAUUGCCUAGCUCAGGUGUGUUGGAAUAAAACAAAACAGUGAACUGGCUGAGGUUCCUCAAGGUUUGGAUUGGGGACAUGCAGUAGAAGAGUAGAGAACCAAACUAAGACCCCUGUUUGUUAGCCAUGAGCACCAGGAAAGGCAGCCAUAUUGUAGCGGAUUAGAGACACGUCUCCUGUUUCAUGUGUUUAAUGUCUUUGUCUUCAUCUGCUCCUGUAUGAGUCUGUUUUUACAUUUAUUUGAUGGUCUUCCUUGAGUUUGACUUGAUGUAGACGCUAGGCCAGAAUUUCCACUAUGGAAAGAUUUGACAUCUGUCAGAAAUGCUUCCACAAUCGUAUAGUUUCACUUGGAUUUGUAUGAUUCAACAUGGAUUCUCGUGGUUUAAUAUGGAUCUACAUAAAAGUUUAUGUAAACUGCAUCACAGGCAUACAAACACUAUUGAAAGUCAUAGCGUCAAAAGGUACACACAUGUAAAGCCGAGCCUAAUCUGCAUCUCACCUAAUGUCCUGUACAGUAGUCUUGAAGCAGCGUAGAGAGACUCUAUGUAGCUAGUUUGAUGUUAUACAUCACUGUGCAUAGUAAAUGGGUUAUCAUUGUAUAGCUUAUCAUCCAGCGACUUCACUGCCUCCCUUUGAGUGUGUAUCCCUCCACUGUGAUCUACUCUAUGGGCACGAUGAGAAACUAUAAACUAUUGCACUUUGUUACAUCUUAUCUGUUGUUGCUUUUAUCUCUGUCGUUUUGUGUUUGUUUUGAGAGCGUCUGCGAUGAGGGAAGUUGUUUUAAGAGUUUUAUAUUUGGCUGUAAAAUGCAUCCGGUUUGUGAAGAACAGUAGACUAAAUGAUUAACGGAAAGAGAUGGAGAGCUGAAUAUAAGUAUGAAUUAUACUCCAUGGUACAGUAAGUAUGUGUAAUAAUAGGUAGUUACUCCCAAUACCAGAUGUUAUCCUCCUGUUUUAUUAUGCAUUAUGUACAUUCAGAUGAUUUAUAUUUCAAUAAAUGAGAUUUAAUAAUGUAA